AUGGCAACAGCAGGAAGUACUAGAAGUAAAGGAGCUUCAAAUGACUCGACACCAAGAGUUCUAACAACAAGACCUGAUGAGGUUAGUACAACUGCAGAUAAUCAGGAAAAUGAAUCUAGCCAAUCAAACACUGAAUUAAAUGGUGAAGUUAAUGAAGAACCUGUUGAAGAGGUUAUUGGCUUUGGAACCACUAAUGGUAGUGACGUCCUAAAUUUUCUUGUAGAACUCCAAAAGGCUGAAUUUGAAUUUAAAUGUGCAACAAGAUACGUUAAUUUAUUAAUGGGAUCUAAAAUUCCAAAUAAAACCAAUGAAGUUCAAUGGAAAAAUAAAUUUUUAAAUUUAUUCGCAACUAAUAGGCAAUUAACUGAAUACAUUGAUUCUGGAAAAGUUUCCACUGGUUUUGAAUUUUAUUCCAAAAGGUUAACAGAACCAAAUGAUUUGAAAAAAUUUUAUGAAACUGUACUUGAUGUGUGGUUUACUAAAUUUGUGUGUCUUAACGACAAUCCAUUCAAAAAUAAAUUUGAAAAUUGUCAUGAAUUAUAUCAUUAUUAUAAAUCACUUGCACCAGAUCAUACGAAGGAUAUUGUGGCCGCAUUUCGGAUGUUUAUAUACGAGUAUACACGAGAGCAAAAAUUAUCCGAAUUCUUGGAAUUUUUGAAAAAUGGCCCCAAACUUGAAGGAGAAAUUAGUAACUACUUGAAGUUAAUUUUGAAAAAUAAAUACAUUCCAUUGGUAUUAUCUAAACUACCUCAGGAGAGUGACUCAAAUGAGCAUCUCCUCUUCAAAAUAGCUAACACUGUCAAUAAAUUCUACCAAAAGAAUUUGACAGCUGACCCCUUAAAAAUAUUAAAUGAUGUAUUAAAUGAUAAUCCUAAUGUGGUUCUUUCCCAUUGUGGCCCUAGAAGAAAUGACAAACCACCAUAUCGUGUUAGUAAACCAUCAUAUCAAGGAAAUAGUGGUAAUGGUAAAUAUUAUAGAAAGAAAUCACAUAAUGGUAAGCAUUUAUAUGUUAAAGCAAAAGGUGGUCAUAGAUCUGAUAAGUUUAAAUUUUAA